UAAAAAAUAUAUAUGCCUUUGAUUAAAAUUGCAAAAGUUAUAAAUGUUGCAUUUGUUAAUAUUUUUUCUGCAGCAUCUUAUUUUGUUGAUAAAGAAUAUAACUAAUUGCAUCAUAAUUGUCAAGCAAUUUGUGCACUUACAUUUCAUUGCAUCAAGCAAAAUUUUGCAGUAAACUUUCUGAAAUACCUCAUUUGCUAUUUCUGAAUUCCACUUUGCUCGAUAUUCAACCAUGGAAUAUCGAUAAUAAAAUAAUAAAUCUGUCAAACUGUUGUAAUUGACAUCAGCUGUUUUUGCAUUUUCCCAUCUAUAUUGCCUUGAAUUAAUUUGAUAACUUUUUGUUACAAAUUGUAUAGAUAAAUUUUCGAAAUUUUUAUAUAAACUUUUUUGUGCUAUAGCUUUGUAAAGGAAAAAAGGAAAAUUAGGCUGAAAUAGUAACGGAAUAUUUGAACACGCUUUAAAAUGAACAUCCUAAAAGGUCUAACAAAAAUCAAAUCAAGCUUUGCGCGUUUUAUUGAGACGACAAACAACUUCAUGUGGGUGCAACGCAAUGAAAAGUUUGCUGAUAAACGUUUGGUUGUUGAGCAAUUAACGGACAGGGUUUUAGUGCGAGUGAAGGGAGAAGAGGUUGUGCCCUUCUUGCAAGGACUUAUAACAAACGAUAUGACUCAUCUGCAGUCGGGCAGUACACCUCUUCCUAAAACUUCUGCAAUGUACACAAUGUUCCUUAACAAAGCCGGUAGAGUACUAUAUGACUCUAUAAUUUAUCGUACCCCUGAACCGAAUACUUACCUAAUUGAAUGUGAUAAAUUUAUAUCAAACGAAUUACGUCGACAUUUGCGCCUCUAUCGCGUAAGGCGAAAUAUUCAAAUUGAUGCAGUUGAUGGAGAGUACAGACCAUGGAUCGUUUUUAAUCCAGUUGGAAGCGUCGUUCGUAUGGACACAAGUGUUCAAGUGGGACAAGAGGUCAUUUCUACUCCAGAUCCUCGCAUACGUGACCUAGGUACACGUGUCAUAACAAAAACUGAUAAAACAUGGAAAGAUUUAGCAAACAUGUUUUCUAAAUCCGGUGAUAUUACGGUAGCAAAACCUACCAAUGACUGUAACUAUCGCAUGCAUCGUUAUCGUUAUGGCGUUGGAGAAGGGGUUCAAGAUCUUCCGCCAGGCAAAAGUUUUCCACUAGAAGCUAAUUGUGAUUAUAUGCAUGGUGUAAGCUUUCAUAAAGGAUGCUAUCUUGGCCAGGAAUUAACGGCACGGGUUCAUCACACAGGAGUAGUGCGAAAGCGUAUAAUGCCUUUGCGUUUAUCUGUUCCGGCUUCACCAAAAUCGAUAAAUAUCUCAACGGAAGCAGGCACCAAUGUUGGUGUAAUCCGCGCAGCAAAUUUAGAUAGGGCUUUAGGACUUUUGCGUGUAGAACAAGCUUUAGGUUCAACCAAAUUGUUUGUGGAUGGCAAUAUAUGCUACGUAGAAAAACCGUAUUGGUGGCCAUCUGAACUGCCAAAAAAAGCUCGAGUUGAAGGCUGCUAGAUUUGAAAUUUUCUAAACUCUAAACUUGUAUUUUUACUUAUUGUUAACUAGUGGAUAGUAGUCGUUGGUGAUUUUUAUGUAAUAUCGAGUUUAUCUAUUAUGCUAUGAUGUUUAAAACCUCAAAUUAAUGGUAUAUAAAUAAAUAUAUGAAUGCAUUGAGA